GGUAAAAUUAUUUGUUAACAGUUAUUUGCAGCUAAUAAGUGAAUAUGGUCUUAAUAAAGCAGUUUUUACUUAUUUUGUUUAUAUUUGCUGCUUCAUCUGCAGAAGAACUUACAGAGUUUGAUCCAUUUAUUGAUAUUCCCUUUAAACCUAUUAAAAGUUCUGCUGAUCGUAUACGGGAACAUGGUUAUCCUGCUGAAUCACAUUUUAUUGAAACAACUGAUGGAUAUGUUUUGAAUAUGUUUCGGAUACCAUAUUCCCCAAAAUUAAACAAUAAAGAUAGAGGAAAUCCAGUAGUAUUUUUACAACACGGCCUAUUUUCAUGCUCAGAUUCUUUCAUAUUGAAUGGGCCAAAUGAUUCCAUUGCAUUUAACUUUGCUGAUAACGGCUUCGACGUCUGGCUAGGGAAUGCGCGGGGUAAUAUAUACUCCCGAAACAAUACGAGAUUAUCGUUAAACCAUCCGAAUUUUUGGUCAUUUAGUUGGCACGAAAUCGGAAACAUUGACAUUCCAGAAAUGAUUGAUUACAUAUUAAACAAAACUGGAGAAACCAAAGUCCAUUACGUUGGACAUUCUCAAGGAAAUACAGUGUUCUUUGUUAUGGCUUCAACACGUCCCGAAUAUAAUAAAAAAAUAAAAACUGCUCAUAUGUUGGCUCCACCAAUAUUUAUGGGCAACGUUACAGAUAAUCUUGUAGUGGGUCUAGCCCCUUAUGUUGGUACUCCUGGAAAGGGAUCCAAUUUUUUGGGUAAUCAACAAUUUAUACCCUAUAAUCCAUUUGUACAGCGUUUGUUGGAUACUGCUUGUGGAGGUAAAUCGGCAUUUCCAAAGUAUUGUUCAACUCUAUUUUUUUUAUGGGCUGGGUCAGAAAAUAGAAAUUUAAAUAUGACAUUGCUUCCACUGCUUGCGGAAACCCAUCCUGCUGGAAUUUCAACAAAUCAGGGUAUACAUUAUAUACAAGAAUAUGUGAGUAAUGAGUUUAGACAAUUUGACCAUGGCGAAAGGAAAAACAAACAAAAGUAUGGACAAACAGAACCACCAUCCUACCCAAUUGAGCUUAUCACUUCAAAUAUGUAUAUUUACUAUGGCCUUGCUGACACAUCGGCUAAUUAUAAAGAUAUACAACGUCUUCGUUAUCGUUUGCCCAAUAUAAAACUGUUCUAUGAAGUACCAGAUUCUCACUGGGGCCAUUUGGAUUUUAUAUUUGCUCGUCAAGUAAAGAAAACAAUAAACGAUCCAGUAAUCCAAAUUUGUGUGGAGUAUGAACAUAAAAAUUCCUUAUAAAUAUUAUUUGUCUUAUCGUAUUCAGUCAAUUUGUUAAAAGUUAAUGUUUACUAAGGUAUAAUGAUUUACAGGUAGUCCCAAUUCUACAACAAAUACAACUUGGCAAAAGCAA